AUGAAGGCCGCGGUCGCAGUGCUCUCGCUGGUGGCGGCGGUGGGGCUAGCAGCUCCCCAGGAGGGCUACAACUACCCGACGCCUGGCGGCCCCGGCCUGCCCUUCCCCGGAUCCGGAUCCGGGUCCGGAUCGGGGCAGGGGCAAUACCCCUCGGCCCCCGCGCAGUACACCUUCAAAUGGGACGUAAAUGACCCUCCUUCAAGCAAUUUCUACGGCCACCAAGAACAGAGGGAGGAUGUGAAUACUCAGGGAAGAAAUCGUAUAAGAGCGAGAUCGAGCUCUCGGCCUUCAGUUCAGUUCUCGCAGUUGACCAACACAAACAUGAAGUAUAAGGGAGGCUAUGACUUCCCCCAGCAGGCAGCAGUUGCAAUAGUUCUUGCCGGGGCAGCACUGGCCUGGGCAGCUCCCCAGGAUGGCUACAACUACCCGACACCUGAGGGCCAAGGACUACUCCUGUCUGGCACGGGUUCAGGGCAGCAGCAGUAUCCAUCUGUUCCUGCUCAGUAUAACUUCCAGUGGGAGGUGAAUAAUGCUGCUUCCAACAAUUUCUACGGCCAUCAGGAGCAGAGGGAAAAUGACAACACUCAGGGGAGUUACUACGUGCAAUUACCCGACAGUCGCCGUCUUCUUGUUGAGUAUUACGCUGAUGCUAGUGGUUACCAUCCUACCAUUAGCUUCGAGGGCGAGGCACAGUUCCCCACUGGCUCAGGUCAGGGCCAAGGGUACCCGCAAACUGGCCCUGGAUCUGCUCAGGGUCCUUCGCAAUCCUAUGGGCUUCCUGCUAAAUGAUUUGGCUUUGCUGUUAUGCAGUAGGUAUGUUAUAGUGAGGUUCUGCACAGCUGAGGAAAUGCUAAAAAAAAAAAAAAAUCUAAUCGUGUGAUUGUAUUGCCUUAUUUUUAGUUUAAUGUGUUUGAGCAGGUCUCAGAGGUGAUGAAAUCUUGUAAAACGUUUUUCAUCUUUUAAUAAAUUAAUUGAUAUGAAUAGUAAAAACCGUUUUAUUGU